UAGUGUAAUGGCGGCUCUAGAAGUUGCUGCUACAUUUUCAUGUGUGAAUGAGUAAAAUAAUUUAUAAAAUUUAUGAUUAAUAUACUGUAAUGUUUUAUUGAAAUGUGAUAAAGACAUUUUAACUCUUAUUUAUUUGUUGCCUCUGUUUGCUUAUAGUGCCAGAUUUGGCAUAUAAUACGAAAAUGUCGAGUGACGAGGAUAAGCCGCCAGCACCGCCGGUACGGCUAACCAGCAACCGAGCGACAGACCGGGGCGAUUCAGUAGCCUCAGUUGAUAUGAGGCCACUACCAAAAGAACCUGAUGAUGGUGGAGACAGGAAAAAGAAAACACUGAAGGCCAAAAUCAAAGGCUCCAAAAGUACAGCACACAAUGACAACAAACCCAAUAUUAGCUAUCCAACAAAUUUCGAACACACAGUGCAUGUCGGUUUUGAUACAGUCACAGGAGAAUUCACGGGAAUGCCAGAGGCAUGGGCGAGGCUACUCAUGGCGUCGAACAUCAGCAAGCAAGAGCAGAAGAACAACCCCCAAGCUGUUUUGGACGUGCUCAAGUGGUACGACGCCUCCGCGACGCAGCCGCCGUCUUCCAAAUAUAUGACGUCGGCGCAAAUGCAUACCACACAUUCAGGGUCGUCAGUGUCGCGCGUGUCGUCGAGCAGCCCGUCGUCGUCGACGCCGACCGACACGGAGCACCCCGAGCCGCCGCCGCCGCCCCCCUCCCGCCCCGACCGCACCAAGAGUAUUUACACGAAGCCAAUAGAAGAAGAGGAGCACCCCCGGCCGGCGGCCGCGUCCCCCGCGCCCUCCCCCCACCACGCCCCUCACCCCGCGCUCACCACACAUUCAAUAUGCAGCCGCGCGGAAGUGGGCAGCGGGCCGCCGCUGGACCGCAACAAGAACCCUGCGCACUUGCCGCAGUCGCCGCCGCCACACGCGCCGCCGCACGCGCCGCAGCCGCUGCCGCCGCUGCAGCCGCUGCAGCCGCCCGCCAACGGCGCACAGACCAAUAUUGACACUGGAAGAGCAACAGGUCAACAGCAAAGAAAGAAGAAAAUGACAGACGAGGAAAUAUUAGAAAAAUUAAGGACUAUAGUUAGUGUUGGAGAUCCAAAUAGAAAGUACACAAAAAUGGAGAAAAUUGGACAAGGAGCAUCGGGCACAGUAUACACGGCGAUAGAGACGUCGACAGGCAUGGAGGUGGCGAUCAAGCAGAUGAACCUGAGCCAGCAGCCGAAGAAGGAGCUCAUCAUCAACGAGAUCCUCGUUAUGCGGGAGAACAAACACAACAACGUCGUCAACUACCUCGACAGCUACCUUGUUAAUGAGGAGCUGUGGGUGGUGAUGGAGUACCUGGCGGGGGGCUCGCUGACGGACGUGGUGACGGAGACCUGCAUGGACGAGGGGCAGAUAGCGGCCGUGUGCCGUGAGGUGCUGCAGGCCCUGCACUUCCUGCACACCAACCACGUCAUACACCGCGACAUCAAGUCCGACAACAUCCUGCUCGGGCUCGACGGACAGGUCAAACUCACCGAUUUUGGGUUCUGUGCACAAAUAUCUCCUGAACAAAACAAAAGGACAACGAUGGUUGGGACGCCAUACUGGAUGGCGCCCGAAGUAGUUACGAGAAAGCAAUAUGGACCUAAAGUGGACGUGUGGUCGCUGGGCAUCAUGGCGAUCGAGAUGAUCGAGGGCGAGCCGCCGUACCUGAACGAGAACCCGCUGCGGGCGCUCUAUCUGAUCGCGACCAACGGCAAGCCCGACAUCAAGGACAAGGACAAGCUCAGCGCCGUGUUCCAGGACUUCCUCGACCACUGCCUCGAGGUCGACGUCGACGCCCGGGCCGCCGCCAUCGACCUCCUCAAGCACCCGUUCCUGAAGCUAGCGCGGCCGCUGGCGUCGCUGACGCCACUGAUCAUGGCCGCGAAGGAGGCCGCCAAGGGACAUUAGCGCAGGACCCCGGCGCCGCAGCCGCGCCCCCCGCCGCCAGUGCCUCAACUCUACCGCCGCCACCGACAGUGAGAACCGGUGUCCUUACCGACAUAUGAUAAUUAUAUUGUUGAUCAAGAAUUGAUUGAAUAGGGUAGUUGUAAUGAAACACGAUAAACAAAUGUCACUUUAAUUGGUCUAUGUCAUGUAUAGUAAAAUGUAUUAUUUAUUUGUUUUCAUUAAAGAAUAAUUAAAACGCUUUUGACUCCAAAAGUAUCUGAUUUUGCUUGAUGGCAACUACCCUAUUCGCCGAUAGGCUGGUGUAUAGUAAGGUCCAUGUCAAAGACAUAUUUUAACAAUUGUGUGGUGCGCAUGUGCGCAGCCUUUUUAAACAUAGUGACAGGAUCAGUGGCACCUUUUAGUGAACGAAGAAACUAUAUAACCUACGACAUAAUAUUUGGCCAAAUUGUACAUUAUGAUAAUGUCAUUAAGUAAGUCUGUCAUUACAUAGGAGAAAAGUAAAAAGUAUAUGACGACCAAUGCACGCGUGUCAUAAGUUUUACAACACACUUUAUGUCGCCAUUUGAAUGGGACAUACUACAUGUGUGUUGUUCACUACAUAAUUCAGCAAUAAGAAAAUGUUCGGAAAUUUAUCGGCAGGGAAUAAUGAAACAUGCUAGUUUGACCCGCAAGCACUGACGAAGAAUAUAUAAAUGCACCAUCAUCUUUACGACCCACUACCUAAUAUAAACGUUCUUUUGUUACUACAAUUCCUCUCUGCCCUAUAUUUUAACCAUGUGAUAUUUUCAUAACUGGCAAAAUUUUGGGGUCAGUCCGGUAUCCGGGCCGUCUGACUGUACUGACUGCACAUCGAUUUAUAGUAUGUACUAUUCAGUCUGUGUUUGCGUAAAAAACUAGCAAUGUAAUAGUUCUCACUGUCUAGCGUUACGUGACGCCGGCAGCCGCGCUGCUCCAUAGAGGUAUCAUAUUUUUACAAGAGAUUGAUUAGUCAAGUGCAGUCCAGUAACUAUAAAGAACCGUAGUGUCGUUUAGUAGUUAUUUAUUCUGAUAGCGUCAUCUCUUAUUAACGCGUUUCGUUCAACUGUUUUGAGCGAGAGGGCGAAUAGUGUAGAUAGAUAUUAGAUUGUAGGUACGAGUUUUUAAAGUUACGAAUAUUCUAGCUGCGAACGAAGACUGGCAGUUGUUUAGGUGACCUUGUAAAGUAUAAAUAGUAGAAUACUGUAGACCCAUAAUAGUAUGGAAUUAGCUUACUGUGAUGGUAGGUGAUAGCCGGCGGCAGUUAGGGAACACUUCGAUACGAGGCAAGACUCCUGUGGGGUUAGCGUGAGAUUUUUCGAGAACGUACAAAAUUAAUAAUCCCCCUUGCGUGCGAAAGAGGAUCAUUGUCCAUAGAAAUCGGCGGCGAUUUUACGUAUUCGCAAAAACUCAUGCUAAUCCCACAGCCCACCGAUAGAGACGAUAGCAGUCUGUAGACUAAAGCCGUAAACGUGGACAGAGGUCCUUCAAGGUCAUAACCGAUUACACCGCUACCUCAUGAAGAAAUUAUAAUAAUUGAAAUAUAUUUUUUAUAGCGUAGAAAUAUUUUACAUUGACAACAUAUUACCGGUCAGCUCACUUACAGCUGCCGUUAUGUUAUCAAUGAGAAGUAUGGCUACAAAGGAAGCUAUAAGUUCUGCAUUCGAAUUUUAUCGGGUGGGAGCGGUGUGAUAGAAGUCUGCUAUGAUCUUAAUCUAUUAUUCUAUAUUUAUUUGUAUUAUUAUAUUAAUGAUGACUGACGAAGAUUAAGUUCAGUUUGAAUAUAAUUAUUCGUAUAUUCCUAUUUCGAAAUAGAGUAUUUGAGUUUUAUAAAAUGGUUUUAUGUAAGUUAUUAUUAGUGCGGUGAUCAGCUUUUAUAGAUUUUGAAGCAAAUGAUGUUUGAUAUGAUAUGUGUUUGUUCAUGUAUUUGUUUGUGACGAUGUUGGCUUGUGUCGCUUACAUGCUUUCAAUAGUACUAGUGACUCAUAUUGUUAUUUAAGAUAACUGUUAAUUUAUUAAAAGUCACUAACAAUUCUAAUUUUCUAUUUGAGAUUAUUGUUUGAUAUGGUUUAUUAUGUUUCAAAAUUUUUGGUUGUACGAAAAUUCAUAACUGUUGUAUUUUAAAUAAUGUUGCUGGUAUUAAUCUGCCGGAUUUAAUGAAUGAUUUUUUGGUUGACUGGUAUUUAGUAUGUCUCAAAGCUAAAUUGAUACAUGUGUUAGUCAUGAAGCGAAGCAUUUACAUAGUAUUAAGUUUAUAUAGUCUAUCGGAUGAUGAAUAGCAAAUUUAUUUUUCCUUCAUGGCACAAACAAUAGCAUUUUAAGAUUUCAAUCGAGUAUUCGCAAAUAGGCUUAUUAUGUGACUUAUAAAUAGACUAUUUUAUUAUAUUUUGCCUUCACACGUAUAUGACAAUAGUAGUCUAAUAAUUAGUAUGGGACAUCGAUGUACUCCUGUAAUACAGCAACGUAAAGUAUUUUACAUUAUAUUAAGGAUUCGUAAAUGUCCCACAUUUAUCGUUUUAGGUUGUGCCGUCAGACGCUGUUAUUUUUUUCGCUAUAUUGUGUGGAUGAAUGUGAGCGCAGAGAUGCAGAAACUCCGCUAUAUAUUUGUACAGAGACCUCUAAGACACGAGUAGUUUACUCAUUGACAAUAUGAAGUGACCAAUUAAAGCUAUGUAGACUACUAAAGUCGUUUCAGGUUGGUGCAAUAUAGACCGAAUGUUAACAUUAUUUUAUUUUCAUAUUUAUUUGCAUUCUAAAACGUUUGUGAAGUGUAUGAUAAUAUUAUGAUAUCAUUGGUGUCGCCGUAUUGUUUUUAUCUAAAUAUGUAGUUAUUUAAUUUUAUCAAGAUGACUCGGCGGGUUGGAGUCUACACCUUUUGUACUUCUCAUAUCUGAAUAAGAUAGGAGCGUGUAAAUAUACGUAAAUAGAUAUGACAUGGUAAUAAAUCUUUGUCAAAAUUCUCUCUGGGGACGUGAGACACUCAAAGAUAAUGUCUUCUGGAAGUAAAAUAUGAUUGGCAAAUGAUAUAAAUCAACCAUAUUGUUACAUUAUCCAUAGAUGCAGUUUUUAUAUUUUCAGCCAAAUUGCUUCGGUUAGAACGUAAUCCUGUUAUUCAUAAAAAAGUUAAAGCAUACUUGUUUUGACUCGUUCUGUCAAGUAUGCUUAACUUUUUUUAUGACUACAUGUGAUUAUUUUUUCAAAUGGCCUAAGAUACUUUUAUCAUAGGAAUCACUUGAUCUGUAAAUUCAGUAUGGCCUACCAUGCACUUGAAACUAAAUAUGCACCAACCUUUAUAAAAUAUUUGUGCAAUAAUGUAGAAAUGUAAAAAUUAUAGCCAAAACUUCAAGAGAGCUUGAACAAAGUUAUUCAGUAUCUAUAACUAAGAAGUGUAUUAAAUAUGUGAUCAUGAAGAUGAAUUUGAAUGCAUAGAUAUGUUAAGAUGAGAAAGUAACUGUAAUUAUGAACAUAGUCCUAAGUUGAAAAUGUAUUAAUACAUGUAAUAGGUUAUUGUACAAGACAUUUAAUGCAGUUAGAACAUUUUUCAUGAUUUUGUCAGUUGUAAAACACCAGUGCCAUGUAUGAGCAACUUGUGCAUAUAAAUUACAACCCAUACUAUAAUAAAAGACUCACCAUGAA